CCUCUCCAUAUUUAUUCAGGGAAAUUAGAUAAGCUUAUAUCACUCAUGUCCUAGGAAUGGUGAAAGUGGCUAUUACCCGCUGCUGUGGCUAGAGUUCGUUUAGAACAAGCUAAACAUGCGAAGUACGAUGACUGGAGAGAAUACCGGAUCGAGCCUAUAGUCCCAUCCGAUCAGCUCGUCGUAUCGGCAGUUUAAGUUCAGUCCAGUGUUGUUUUGGUCGCGGCUUGAGUCGGUCGCGCGCUUCGCGAGCUCAGCUUUCCUGUCUUUUUGAGUUUUGCUUAUGUGAAAAGAGUGUUUAGUGGAUCUCUCUUAAGAGUUUUUAUUCAUUUGAAUUCAUCACCUUUCUGAAAGCUCAACGUCUAGAAGGAGAUUUCUCAACAUUUCCCCCAAUUCGCAGAAAAUUUGUCGAAUCCUCCUCAUGUCUCUGCGCCGUCAAUAGCGUCGAUAACUUGCAAAUUGGCUGGCAGCUUUUCUUGGUCAUGAACUGUCAGAAAGUUCGUUGGGCGCCCAUGCUGUCAACCCUUGCAGUAUCCCGACCCCCAAGCCCUUCUCCUCAACUACCAUCAACAGUCACCUCACCACCACCACCACUACCAACACCACCAUCAUCCCAACACCAUUUUGAACUACUCCAUACCCCUACAGUCGAAUAUGGCCAUGGGUCACCUGGGUCUAGCGUGUGAAGGGGACGGUUUGGAACCAAUGCUGGAAGAUCACCCGACUUAUCUGGACGCGUUCGCCAGACUCCAUCACCAGCUUCUGUCGGGAGAUGGACCUCUGCCCGAGCACCUUCGGCGGUACAUUGCCAUCAUGGCUUCCUGUCGUCACGAUUGCAGUUAUCUUGUAGAAGAGCAGAAGGCUGCCUUCCUUGAAGCAGGAGGGCCCGAGAGCUGGCUUGAAGGCCUUCAGUUUGCACCUAAGAAGUUGCAAGAGUUACACCACACCAAUGUUAUUCUGGCCCACCAGCCCUGGCUCUAUGACAUUCAGCAUAUUGAGAAAUUGCUGAAGAACAACUGGUCUGUGAGUGAAGUGACACAAGCCAUCUGCAUUCUGGCACAAUUUCAUGCUCUGAGUUCUUUUGUCCAUGGUGUAGGAAUUGAAGCUUCAUCCGGAGAAGUGCAUGUAGCCCCUUCGAGCUUCAUGCAGGCUUGUUCUUCUAGCUCACCAAGUAGUGUAGAACUAGCUGAGGGGGGAGUGGAGGUCUUGCUGGAACGCAUGAGGAAUAUAUCUCUCGGCCAGUCCAACACACUCUGCAUCUCAGAGGAACAGACAAGAGCCAGUUUUGAGAAGCUCAAGAAGCAGACAGCAGCUAUCUCAAGUCCAGAUGUGGAGUUGGAAGUUGGCCAGUCUCGUUAUAGCCACUUGUCCCCAGACAGGGAUUUUGUUUAUGUUAAUUUUCACAAAAGAGGAGAGAAGACACAUGUUCCUACUCUCAAAUCUCAGGAUUGUUCAUGGGAAGAACAUGGUUUUUCCCUCGUGAGUGAACUCUACAGUGAAGUAGGCGAUAUUUUGGAUGAUAAAUUCAAAACUGCCUAUAACCUGACAUACUACACAUGCGGUACCAAAUCACAUGUUGAUACAUUUCCGUUCCGAAGAGCUGUUUGGAAUUAUCUUCACUGUUUAUAUGGUAUAAGACAUGACGACUAUGAUUAUGGCCAGAUCAAUCAGCUCUUAGAGAGAAAACUGAAGUUGUUCUUGAAAACUGUCUCCUGUUACCCUGAAAAAUUAUCAGCUGGUGAAGCCACUACCACCAUAAUGAAAGGCUUCUUACAGAGUGAAAAAGUACACGUUAUGGUUUUAGUAUUAGAAGCCAGACUACAAGCUGAACUCCUACAUGGUCUUCGAGCCCUGGGACAUUAUCUAAUAAGGCGAUGAUCAACAGAAUGGAAAUACGUACAUGGAAAAUAUCCUGGAGGCUAGUUCAGAACCAGGUUCAAGAGCUGCUUACGAAACCUGUAUUAGGUUCAAGUUCAGACAGUUAAUUACCUGUCUGAGAGGGAGUUCAGGUUGCUCGGUUCUGCAUCCUCUCUGUGAUGCAUUGGAUAUGUUGUGUAUAUAUAAAAUAGUGUACAUAAUAGUUUAUAUAUUGUGUUAAUAAUAGGAACAUAAAGUUUUUUUUAUAUAAUUGUACAGUACAGAGAAUAUGCAUCGAAAUGGAAGGCACUAUUUACCAUUCAUACCAUCAAGAACUCAACCCUCAUGUUGUAUUCAAUUCAUUAUUCCUCCAUAUACUUUCAUCAUGUAGAUAUGGGCAGUUAGAGCCUAACCAGAUUUUGGAUUAUAGUGUUUUAUAAAAUCCUGAAAAGUCAUGUUUUGUGUGUGUCGUUUCUUGUCACUCCUUUGUUAAGUGCUAUUUAUGAACUUACCAGUAUUUGUAUGCUAUUAAUUAUAUUGGGAAAAUUAUGGGAGAUUAUUAAGGCUGUGGUACAGUAUUCAUGAAAAUACUCUGAGAGAAAAGUGACAUUAUAUAUAUAUUUACAAAUUGUGUACAAUGUUAUUUUUGAUUCUUUGGGUGCUCUUUUUGAGGCCUUUCCAUUUCAUGCAGAUUUACAUGCAAUCACUGAUAAGCAUGUUGUAAUGCUUCCAUGCAAGAUUUUAUCUGCAGUUCUUUCAUAAAGAACUUUUUACAAAUCUUCAACUUGAAAAUGUAGAGUAUUUGUUGUUUUACAUCCAGUGGUAUAAAAGUACUACAAGUGCUAGGUAAUCUUCCAGUUUUAAAGGAAAAUCUGCAAAGAUAGAAAUAUAUUUCUGCUUUGUAAGACUGGUAUUAGGCAUGAAUAUGUAUUCUCACUGUAUAUUGACAUUUCUGGUUAUGCAUCUGAACUUUCUACUUUCCUUUGGAAGUAUAGUAAUUUUUAUCCAAAUUUCUCUAUGAAAUCAUACAUUUACUCUUUAAAAAAAUUCACCUUUAAAUUACUCUGACAUCUAUUAGUAGUUAUUUAACAUUAUACAAAUUCUAUACAAAUUCCAUGUCAGAUUUAGUUACAGUACAGAGGUUGUUAUAUUUGGUAAUUAUUUGCAAGAAAUCACCAAAGAUUAGAAGGCCAGACCUUAAUUAGAAUUUCAUACAAAAGUACAAACUUUCUUAGAAGAAUGUUGCAAGAGGGGCUUGUGUGAUCUGCUCAGUGAGAGGGUUGCUCAGCCCAUUCAGUAGUUGCAUACCUGGUCCGUGGAUUAGGUUCUGCUGCUGGCAGUUAGGCAUAUUACUCUUUCCAGCCAUCCAUGGUUGGAUGAUUGUUGGGGGGGAGGUGAGUAAGGCGACUUUUAUCAUCGCAAAAGUUUGAGGUGUGUCAGAGAGGUUUGUGCGACUUGCCUACCCCGUCAGGGUUCACAUAGCCUGUUUGCUAGUCGCAUACCUGGUCUCCAUACCGGUUCUGUGCUGAUGGUGAAAAGGUUCUUCUUCCUAGCCAUCUUUGUGCAGUUAUGGGGGGGCGAACCUGUAUCAGUUUUGUAUUUGAAAUGUUUGCACUUUCAGAAGUGUGCAUGGUUGGUUCAAGAAUUCUUCCUCAGGGCGAGUUGAACUCCACCUCUAGUAACAGGGGAGUCACCUGGUUUGGCAUGGAGUUUGGAAAGCCCUUUGGUGGAGGGAGGAGCAGCAUUCGUAUCCAGUUCUUAGAGGUUAUGUCAGAAUAUAAGAAUGGUUUCUGUUCACUUCAGUAAUAUUAGUGGUGUUGCCUCCAUAGAUCCUGUGUUUCUGGAAGCCUUGGUCCAUGUGUUGGGGUUAAAGCUUACUUUCACUGCCCUCAUGGUUACAAUAUUCAGCAUAUGGUGCCUUGUCCUCAGCUGUAGAGACUACACCCUGCAAAUACCUGUAGUCAAACUCCAAAUAAGUAUCCUCCUCCAGCUUCCGAGACCAUUCUUACUCUCCCUACUAGCACCAGGCUGCCUUGCAACCUUAUAAUUCCAAUGUGACCUUUCAAUCCAGCAGGCAUGAACUGUUCAAGCACAAAUCUCCAGCCUAGUGUGGCAGUAUUUUUUUUUUUUUUUCCACCCACCACUGGGCCAUAUUGCCUCUUAUAAAGGUCUGUCUCCAGAAAUUUUGAUUAAUUUAGAGGGACAGGAGGAGAGGGAUGGGUCCUACAGGUCCUCUGGGAUGGUUAUUGCCUUCUCUUUCCGGAAGUAGGCCCUGCCACUCACUCAACUUGUCACCGUUGAAUUAUAUCUCAUCCAAUCAAGGAGGAAAUACUUAUUCUGGACAAGAAGGUUGCCUCCACAUUGGCAAAGGGAGCCAUUAAAUUAGUUUUGCUUUAGCAUUUUGGGGGUUCUAAGGUCUUCCCUUACUUUUUUUUUCUUCAAAUUGGUUAAGAGAUCAAUUUGGUAGGAAGACCGGCUUGAUUCUCUUGACUUUAGGGAUAGUUAUCUUCACACCCAUAUCCAACUAUCUUGAUGUUAGUUCCUUUGCUCAUGUGGUAGGGAAGGUUGUUCCAAUUCCAGCACACCUCGUAAGACUAAUUCAAUAUAUACGUACUAAUUGAUUGUGAGUCAAAUAGUCAUAUAUAAUUAUUUAAUUUUGACUAGGGUAAUGUUGACUAUAUACAACCAAAGUCAUCAGUAAAAAAACUUCUGUGAAAAAACAUUUUGUUGAAAGUAACAAAAAAUGUUGUGAAGUUACUUUCAAAAAUAGCUUCUUAUUGUGGAUUAAGUGCUGCUCAUAGGGCAUAUAAAUAACUUUCAUAGGUUAUGUCAUGUUGCCAUCUAUUGAAGAUGGAAGAUGAAAAAUUUUGCUACUCCUGAAGAGACUAAAUUAUGUGCUAUUUAAUGUGAAUUUCUUGCCCUUCCUAUGCUUUGUUACUAAAUAUGUAAAUAAAAUUUAGUUGCCUGUAUCGCUACAUUUUCUUGUUGGACAAUAAAAUGUUGCAAGUUGUUUUAGGGUUUUUGUAAAACAUUUUGUAAGGAGAAAACCGAAAAGAAAGCAACUACCAAGAGGUAAUUGUACUGAAUAAAGGCCUGUUCAUAAUCGGUCUACUAACAUAAAGUCUUCCAUAAGGAGGUAACAAGUAUCGCACAUCAGUAACAGAUGUAACCAGGAGUGUUCUGGUUUCCUACAAUAACAGAAAAUUACAAAUUUUAGUGGUAAUAAAUUUCAUGUUAAAUUUUAGAAAUUUGGUAAAUUAAGCUUCAGUCACUUGUCCUUAAUUACUGAGUAAUUAAAGUACAUACUCAUGUUCUGAAGAGAAAAUCUGUUUGUUCCUAAGACUGUAACCACUACCAGUAAGAAUGGUAGAAACUGCAGCACUGGUAGUAAUAGUACUGAAGUAGAUUAAAUGUUUCCUAGCAAAUAAAGUACUUCAUUACAAAUGAUUACAACUUUUUUUACAUUAUAUCUUGCAUAAAUUGCAAUAUCUUGCAUAAAUUGCAAUGGAAUUGUUAUAAAUUUAAAUAUUUAUUAUUCAUACGAGUAAAUAGUCGUCUACUUUUAAUUUUUUAAUUUGUUACCUACAUUUAAGCUGUUUCUUAAACGGCUAUACAUCUGUUAAUUGUUGAUACCUUUUAUAUCAAAUCUGGAAUCUCUCCUCUUAUAUAAUAUCUUUCCCACUUAAAUGAUGUCCCUAUUAUGUAUCGAAUAGAUUUUAAUGCUAACUUUCCUCAAUUAAUUUUAUCAGCAUAAAUUUCAACUGUUAAAAAGCUUAAAUGGCAUAGAUGCUUGUGGCAAGAGCUUUAAAUGUGGCUAGGAACAAUGAGUGCCAGUUAAGGUUUGGAUAAUUUAACAAUUUACUUUAAUUAAUCUCUGAUUCUUUACUCUUAGGCAAUUUUCUGUUGUCAAACUUUAUGAAAAUUUGUCUGGAAUAGAAGAAAAAUAGUCUUAUUUAAAUUAGUCUUAUUUUUUAAGUACAAAGUGAUGAAAAAUAAUCUAAUCAUUCAGUGGCCUUGAAAUUGCUAACUAUAUACAUGUUCUUUUUCCAAAUAUUUCAACUGUAUUUAAAAAAAUAAAUCGAGAAAUUUGGUUUUCCAAAAUUUAAAAAAGGUCUAACCUACAAAAUCAAAAGUGUAAAUCUGUGAUCUAUCUGAACUAAAGUAAACAAAAAUAUAUAUGUAAUGUAAGAAGAGAUUUGGGGACUUCAAAUCUAGAUAGCAAAUAUGUUAUUAUAUAAACCUGGAAUAUGCAUAUUAAAUAUACAGAUACAACAGUAAUACGGUAAUUUUGUAUUCUCUGAAUGACCAAAGUUUUAAUUUUUCUUACUUUUGUUGCAACAAUGUUCUCUGGUUUUUCCCUGGAAGAUUGAUUGUACAACACCAAAAUCCAAAUAUAUUUUAUCAUAGUAGUUGUAGAGUUUUAUUUUUAAAUGAACAUAAUGUAAUUUCAAGUACAUAAUCAGUAGCCUGUUAAUUUAAGAAACUGUUUAUAGCCAUAAAAAAUGUUAAAACAUUUUUCUAGAGUUUUUUGGGCCAACUUUACAUCUGUCAUAAAGGUUUUAAUGUUGUAAAUGCAAUGUUCAAUAGCACAAAGGUGAACGUGAAUAGAUCCUGAAUAUUAUACUGAACUAAUUUGAUAAAAAUAGAACAGUAACUUGAUGGAUGUAAAAUUAAAUUGGUAAAAAAUUA